GCCACUAUACCAGCCCCAUCUAACGUUUUACAGUCGCACUUAAGUGUCUUUUUAUUGAAAUAAUAAAAUAAACAUGUCGCUAACGAAUUAUUAUUCCAUGAUGGGUCUGCAGACGGAGGAGCCGUACGGAGCGCAUUUCAUCCCCGGAGCGCUGCAGGGAUCGACGGCCGCCUGCGCCAAGCCAGCCCGGGCGGCGGAGGAGGAGGAGGAGGAGGGGACGCCCGGCGCCGCGCACAUCCCGGAUUUCUCCCAUUUUUCCAACAAAGCGAGCCUGAACGGCUUCUCCCCCUGGACGAACACGCCGACGUCCUCCUCGUCCAGCUCCCCGCAGCUGCAGCCGGCGGCCGGCGCGUCCCUGCCGGGUCUGUUCCACCCGCACCACCUCCUGGGCCACCACCACCACCCGCAUCACCACCCGCAUCACCACCACCCCUACUACGGCCCGCAGGCGCCGGCGCACGCCGAGCACCUCGCCUCCGCCUCGGAGAGCAGGUUCGUCCGCUGCUGGGAGGGCUCCACCCCGGCAGCGGACGGAGCCCUGGUCUCGCAGGUCUCCGCCGCAAACGCUUUCCCGGCGUGCCUGCCCGCCCGGGGGGAGCUGUCCGAGCCGAGUCCGACCUACGAGCCGGGGAAGCCGGCCAGCUCCCCGCAGCCGCAGCCGCCGCCGGCGGCGCACGGCAGCCCGGCGGAGCUGGUGCUGGAGCGGCUGGGCGGGGAGGAGCAGCCCCGCGGCCAGCCCGAGCACCGCGGAGCCCCGCAGCAACCCGAGCCCAAACUGGAGGACGAAGACAGGAAAACACAGCAGCCGCCGCAGCUCGACCCGGAAAAUCCAUCCGCCAGCUGGAUCCACGCCAAAUCGACCCGGAAAAAGCGGUGUCCGUACACCAAACACCAAACCCUGGAGCUGGAGAAGGAGUUCCUCUAUAAUAUGUACCUAACGAGGGAUCGGCGCCUGGAAGUGGCAGGACUCUUAAAUCUGACAGAGAGACAGGUGAAAAUCUGGUUCCAGAACAGGCGGAUGAAGAUGAAGAAGCUGAUGAUCCGGGAGAGGAGGAGUAUAAAUGAAUGAUGCAUCCGGAGGCUGGGCAUGUUUUUUUUUUUUUCCAGGGAUACGUGAGGAGGUGGUGAGGUUUUAGCUGGUGAAGGAAAUGCAGUGCUCCAAGGCGCCCAGCAUCAACUGCCAUGAUGAGCUGUUACUAAGCAACGGACUGUGGAGUUAAAUGGCCGCCUUGGAUAACAGCAGUGGUAAAACAUGAUGGGGGAGACCAGGAUUUGUUGUAACUAUAUAUCUAUAUAUAUAUAGAUAUAAAUAUACUAUUAUUACUUUUGGGACAUUUGAAUGAAUCUGAACUCUGCUGAAGAAUCUUUCCAUUUGCAUGUUUUAAAAAUGAAAACAGUCUGCAACUUGCAGGUAUUGUAAAUAAUAAAAGUUUAAGAUUUAGCAGCAUAUUCAGUAGCUGACCCACAAAGCGCUCAUGUCAGAGACUUGCACAUUUUAAAACACAUCUGCUUUUGAUAAAGCUGCAUAACUCUCAACUGGAUACACUUGACACAUACUUGACUUCACAUAAAGUGUCUGUGCUUCAAGCCAAAAUAGGAAUCAUGUUUUAUGAUUUAAUGCUGAAACCGUCCUAAUGAAAGCUGCUUUAAGUGAGCUCGAUGAGAGUUUAGUUCACUCUGAGGCAACAAUCAAAGCUGAAUCCCCGGAGGAAUUGCAUGGUGGAGUAUCUAUAACAUAUGGAAAAACAAAUCUGCUGCAUUUUUGAAAAAUAGAAAUGAAAUAAUGGCCUAAAAACUGAGGAAGUCUCAACUAUGUGAACAUGAAUAUGAGAGGAUGCUGUGAUAUAUCGAAAUGAACAAAACCUGUUAAUAUGCCUGGUUUUAAGUACUUUAAAACUUGCAAAUUUUCAUAAUUUGCAAUAAGGUCGAUUAGUCAAAUAACCCUCGUCUAUAUGUCGCAGACAAGCCAAGGAAGAGAAACUCGUUUUCACGCGUAAAUGCAAAUCUCUCACAUGUCGUGUACUCAAGUGUUAAAGUAUGCAAAACAUCUUAGUGCUGCACGAGGCUUAACGCUGAAAUGACCACAGAAAUGUGACAGACAUGUGAAAUGUGUUUCACAAUAUGGAGUCACAUUUGAGCAAGUUUGUGCGCAUGCAAGCAAACCUGCUUUGAAACGGAGACACCCAGCAACAGAAAUCCAUGAGAUCGCCAGGCUUUGUCUGCGUCCAACAAGGCGCACAGUCAGGCCUCGGUGCGUCUGCGUGUUUGUGUGCAAAGCCAAUAAAACGGAUAAAAUAAAGGCCGGGAUGCUGUGAUUUCGCAAAUAAUUUAAACUCUACAAUGCAGGUGAAAGAAGAAACUCCUAUUUUGUUUGUUUUGUUUAAGGUUG